CUCUGGCCACUUCCUGUCCCCACUGCAGUCUCGCUGUCCCCAAGGCUGCUCCUGAAUCAUGGCACCCAGGGCGCUGGCCCUCAUCCUGGGUUGGUGGGUGGUGGCAGCGAGCGGAGCACAGAAAUUGCCCCGACCCUCCCUGUCGCUGCACCCCAGCCAGGAGGUGUCCCUGGGGGACAAUGUCACCCUGCUUUGCCACCUGCCCCGAAUGACCGCCUGGGUCCAGCUCUGGUUGAAUGGAACUCUCAGAUCUAACAAGGAAAAAGACCAGGAGCAGGACGUGGCUGAGUUCUCCUUUGCUGUCGCCAACCUGGAGGACAUGGGGACGUAUCAGUGUCGGUACCAGGUGUCAGAGCCACUGUGGACCUCAGAGCUGAGCGACCCCGUGGAGCUGAUGCUGGCAGGUGCCGGGGGUCGAUCCCGUGGGAACCUGGUGGUGGCGGUGGUGAGGGGCUGCGCUGCCGUCUUCGUCUUCAGCCUGGGCCUCUACUUCAUCCUCGAUGCCCGCAGCCUCUGGACGAGGAGAGAUAAGAGCCCUGGUCUCACCCCUGAAACGCCCAAAUCAGUGCCAUUCCAGGUAGGUGCCUGGGGCAGCGGACCCCAAAUCCCACUUCACCCCUUGGGGCACGCAGAGAACAUCGCUAUGGAGACCCACACCCUUCCCAUGGGGCCCACAAACGACCCCCAGCCUCCUAUGGCUUACUCUAACAUUUAUGUGCCCUACCUGUGUCCAGCUCAUGGGAAAUCCAAAUCCGCAAUGCGUGGAACCCUCAGCCCACAAACUGAAGCCCCCAGACCCACAGAAUCCCUCCAAACCUUAAUCCCCCUCCUGAACAUACAGGCACGUACAACUUGAGCAGAGGGGCCCUAAAUGCACCCACACGGAAUCCCAGUGACCCAUAGGGAACACAAAAAACAAGCCCCUGUAUUCCCCCAGCCCCUGAUAAACGCCCCAAGACCGUAGCUGGGCCCCAAAUAUCCCCCUUGCAGACCCCAAUUUGAGCCCCCCCAGACCUCCAGACUCACCCUCACGGUCACAUCCGCCUCAUCCCUACACCAGAGGCCCAACCUCAGCCCACCCGCCUUGGGGACCCCCAUGGUAGCACCCCG